GAGUACGAAGAAGAUAAGAAAGGUUUUCUAAUUGCGUUACUAUUUGGACGAAAAAUUGCUUCUACCGGACGGUUGUCCUUAUGCUGUCAAAAAACAACCCAUAGUUGGAUCUUGCUAUUGCGCUUUUUCACCUACACACUCAAACGCAAACUCACCUACACCAGUUAAACUAUGAAAUAUCUGAACAAAAGCGACACAACAUCCUGUCAAAACAAGCAUCUAUACGAUUUCUAACAAUACCGAGGUAAUACGCUUUGUGAGCCCUGUUCCGUACGUGAUUUUUAAUGUUCCAAUCGAAUACCCAUCGCAGCAAUCAUUGUUGUGCAUGUAUUCCGCUAGUGGAAGAAAUAAACGGCCUCUAAAGUCGAUCUUUGUCACGUAUCAGUAUAAUAUCAGCCCUGUUGACAAUGCGAAAAAUUGUGACGAAUGUACGCAUCUGAAAUAUUGUGGAAAGUUUGCCAAAAAGCUAAGGCAACAGCAUCACUAGCUGCCGAGUUGUUAUCUUUAAUCGUCAUUGCAAUGCUAUCACAAUAAUAGUCCCAUAUCGAAGGACAUGUGCAUUAAUCUAUAAAAGGGCGUAGAAUGUGUCAUCAAUCAAGUAUAGCAAUUCGCAAUACUUGCAACUAACAAGACAAUUCCAUUCAUGGUACGAAAUGCAGUUGUUGUCGACGGGUUACUUCUUUUGCUGUCCUCCGAGCUAAACAACAGCAUCUUCCGCAUCGAAGCGCAUUGAUUUAUCCUCACGAGAUCGCACACAGUGAGCAGAACGCAGUCGAUACAAGAAGAUCCAUUUUCAAAACCCAACCUCCCGAACACCGACACAUCACCAACGACGGAAAAUGUCGAAACAGCAAGGCAAAUACGAGUUACUAAAAGAAGAUACGAAGCUAAGGAGGCAACAUACAUAUAUUCAGAGCUGUUUGCUUAUUGCUCUUUGUGGCAUGUCUAGCCUUACGGUGUACGCAACAUGGACUAUGAUAUUUCGGCAGAAUCUAAUUAUACCACCGGCACUUUUAGAUGUAACACUUCACUGGCGGAAUAGAUUAGUGCUGUACGAGGAAGCAUUACGCCAAACGCUUAAACAGCAGCAGCAAGACACGUUUUCAACCUAUCCGGAUAAUCCCCCGGUGGAAAACGCUUAUAAAGAAACAGUUGUAAAAAGUAUUUACGCCAAUAAUGGAUCAACUAUUCUGGCGGGUAAUGUAUUUGGUUUGACGAAUGACACACGCAACGUUGAUAGAAGCGUGAGCAAAUCCUCCGAACCGUUGCGUGUGAAAGAGUUGGAUAAUGAACGGAUAUUUCCGUCCCGCUUUGGAAACUACAUAUACUCGAAGGAAGCGAUGAACGGUCAGCCACCGAGUCCGAAAAUUGUUUGCUACUAUACAACGCCGGCACUGCUCGCCGCACGCCACACGGGAGUGAUCGGACGGAGUCCCAACCUUCGGCACAUGCUGCUGCCAGAGCAUAUCGAUCCCCACCUUUGCACGCAUUUAAACAUCGGCAUAAUCGAUAUCGUCAACAACACACUGUUCAUUGAUAACGACGUGCGGGAAGCGCUGGUGCGUACGAAGCAACUCCGGCGAGCUAAUCCAUCGUUGCGCAUACUGCUGUGGAUAGGCGGUGGUAGCGUCGGAGGUUUCGCCACCAUGGUCGAAAACCAUGCCAAUCGCAAACAGUUCAUACAGUCGAUUAAGUCAUCAUUGGAACUGUACCAUCUCGAUGGGGUCGAUCUCGAUUGGGAGUUUCCCGAUAAUGGUGGCAAACGGCGUAUGCAUUUUUCCCAGCUGCUGCAUGAAAUACGGCGUGAGUAUCAGCGGGAGCACCGGACGUACAUACUGAGUGUGGCCGUUGCACCGCAGGAAACCAUCGCCUACAUGGCGUACGAUGUGACGGAAAUCAACAAUUACGCCGACUAUGUCAACCUGAUGACAUAUGAUUAUCAUUUUUACUCACCGGAUUUACCACAAACAGGUCUGAACGCACCGCUGUAUCGAAGGCCAAAUGAAUUGGCCCUGCUGGGUACACUAAAUAUCAACGAAUCCGUACACUACUGGCUGUCAGCUGGGUUGGAAAAGAGCAAAUUAAUACUGGGACUACCGACGUACGGUCAUACAUUCGCUCUAGUCAAUCCAUUCAACACGCGCAUUGGUGCACCGGCGUCCAACUACGGUCGCGUCGGUUUGUUCGGUUUUGCGUCCUACUCCGAAAUAUGUUGGUUCCGUCGUUACAACAUCUACGUCCAUCAGGUAUACGAUGUGGAGAGCUGCUCGCCGUAUAUGUACUCCGGCAGUGAGUGGAUCUCGUACGAAGACGAGCGUAGUCUUGAGUGUAAAGCCAAAUUUAUCAAGGAUCAUGAAUUCGGUGGUGCGAUGAUCUUUUCGCUCAACACCGAUGAUUUUGGUUCGUAUUGUGCGGAUAACGCACUGUACGGUGAUGGUACAGCCGGACAGCAAGCUACUUUCCCGUUGCUACGCAAGGUACGGUCGGUUUUGGUGGAAACUAAUGCCAACAAAACUGUAACGCACCGUCAACCUACCAUAGCAAAGCAAAACAAGCGCCUCGAUAGAGGUUCUGUUGCGUCUGCUGUCACGGAGGAAAGAAUAGAGGAAAACCGGUGAACCACCGUAACGAACUUACGUUCACUACCGAAUGUUCAACGAUAGACGCAUGCUACUGCUAAUGCGAUAAUGUAGAAAAGUGGUGUAAAAAUGCAAAGAUGGCUGAUCGCCACUGGAAAGGAAACGAAAAACUGCAGCUAACGAAGCACCUGAAGUGCCGUCUAGAGUUAUGGAUACUUGUUGAUACGCUAUUUGUUUUUUUUACGUUUUUACCUUUCCCUGCAAAUUUUGUUUCUUUCCUCCCCCGAACCUGCCACAUGAACGUGAUCAAUUACCAUUCGUGCUUCCUCCAGUUCUGCUGAAAUUGUGCAACACACGCUUCACCGUAAUGAUUAUAAGUAAAUUUCUAGUCAAGAUAUUGCAAAUCGAUGGUGCAUUUUUCGUUUUGUAUUUGCUACACAUUUUUAUAAUGAAAAAAGUGUUUUAAUCGAAAUCGUUGUUACAAAAUCGGCUAGGAAACGUAUAUGGCGUUUUAUUUCCGCAGAGCAAUGUAAUAGACAUUCCUGCAGUAAAUGUUAUGAAGCUUAUUUAAUUUUUUUUAAGCCAGUAAUGAUAGAAUCCCAUUUGCUAAUGUUUCACUUUUUUGCUGCGAAUAUCAUUUCGUUUGUAUUUCUCUGUUUUCUUUGCUCUUGUUUUACUUCCCUCUAUUUCUCUAUCUAUCUAAAACAAAACAUACCGUUUGUGAAGGUGUCUAUACAUAUAUCUUAUUCCUAUAAUCAUUCCGGUAAAUGUUACGUGAAAUAUUCAAACUGUACAUAGAUUUUUUGUUUUUACAGCACAAAUACAGCCGAACAUGUGCUUAUGUAAUGAAAUUUAAAUUAGACAAAGCUAAUCGUCUACAAAUAUGUUAAAAGAGAGAAGAAGAAAACUAUUCCAAACUAGAUAAAAGGACACCAGAUAGAUUAUCAAUGUACCAAUUUAUUGUCUUCCAGCAAAGUAAAAGAGGCCUGUAGUGUUCUUUGCGCUGUUUUGCAACCUGUUUGUCCAGCCCAGCACCCUUUGUUUUGUUUUUCACCUUUAUCGAGGCUAUACAUUGAUCUGAUGGUGAAGGUAUUACUACUUUUUGAACGCAUCGAGAAAGGGUUUGUGCAAUGCGCAAACAAAAUUCAAUGUUCCAGUAUGUAUAAAGAGACGAUGGUCCCCCCCCGCCCACGGGAAUGGUAAAAACAAUGCAAGGACAGCAGAUCGGUCUUCGUCGGAUACGAAAACUUUACCUAAAACAUGUGCCUCUGAUUGAAUCCGUUCUCUGUUUUGUUAUAAAUAUAUUAAUUUAUAUGUUUAAUAGUUUUUUUUUAUUUUUUGUUUUUGUUUUUUUUAAGUAAUUUAUUGUUAACUGGAGAACAACAUUUUAGGGCAGAGUUCUGCGGCGGGUAGUGUUACUGUUUACGCAAUAAUCGCACGACACGCUCUGUUUUUUUUUAUACUGAAAUAUAUCUUUAAAAAAUCAAAAUGUUA